AUGUCGGGCCCAGCCUCUUCACUAGACUUGGCAUCCCGGCACCGGAUCGCCACCUCUGAGCCGUCGGAAGCGGUCCUGGACAGUCCUAAACCCCAGGGCGCUUCCCGCUCCGGGCACAGUGCCCUGUGUGCCAAGGCGGGUCGGACCUUGCGAUUAUCUGAGAAUGUGCCUGAAUGGCCCGGCCUGGCAAGACUGGCUUGCCGCCCACUGUACCCGCUGACCCACGAGAGUCUCAGCGCCCACGCCCACCCCUUGUAUGCUACCACAUUUCACAGCCCAGACUCAGAGCUGGAUCUCGGGAGAUCCGCCCAUGCAGCAAUGGCCUGCGCCUCGCGGGCCUCCUCGGAGCGGCUGGGGGGCGGGCAGCUCCCGACUUCGUCCGGUCCGGGUGGUGGGAGUGUGCAGGGGAGGCCCGGGAGUUGGGACUUAAUGAAAAGCAGUUGGCCCGGCUCCUCUGAUCCCUGCCAGACGGCGGCAUCCGCGCAGCGCCCAGGGACAGGUACCCGCUUGGGUCAGCGGUCGCACCCGGUAACACCCACCCCACAGUCCAUCAUCCCCGCCGCUGCACAGCAUGCUGCACCUAGUGUUCGGGUUCUUGGACAGCCAAGGGACUGGAGAGCGCCUUGCUCUUCUCCCGACGCGGGCCUUGUUUCGUCCUUUCCAGACACCGGUGCAUCCUCCUCGGCUGAGGAGAAGGUCUCCAAAGCUGCCAGCUUUCCCCAGCUGCCUGUGGACUGCCGAGGGGGUCCCACAGACGGGCCCUCUAAUGUGCAAGGUUCCCCAGGUCCCUGCCUGGCCAGCUUGCGUGUCCCUCUUUCCCCGGGACUUCCUGACUCCAUGGAGUUGGCCAAGAGCAAGAGCAAGAAACGCCGGAACCGCACGACCUUCAGUACAUUCCAGCUGGAAGAAUUGGAGAAAGUCUUCCAGAAAACCCACUACCCUGAUGUGUAUGCCCGGGAGCAGCUGGCUUUACGCACGGACCUGACUGAAGCCCGGGUACAGGUCUGGUUCCAGAACCGCAGAGCCAAGUGGCGGAAGCGUGAGCGUUAUGGGAAGAUGCAGGAGGGGCGGAACCCUUUCACCACUGCCUAUGACAUCUCUGUGCUGCCCCGGACAGACAGCCAUCCUCAGCUGCAGAAUUCUCUGUGGCCCAGUCCAGGGUCUGGGAGCCCAGGGGGGCCCUGCCUCAUGUCGCCAGAGGGCAUCCCCUCUCCAUGCAUGUCUCCAUACUCCCACUCCCAUGGAAACGUGGCUGGCUUCAUGGGAGUGCCAGCCUCCCCGGCAGCCCACCCUGGCAUCUAUUCCAUCCAUGGCUUUCCUCCUGCCCUAGGAGGGCACAGCUUUGAGCCUUCUCCAGAUGGUGACUACAAGUCUCCAAGCCUGGUCUCGCUCAGGGUGAAGCCCAAAGAACCCCCCAGCCUGCUGAACUGGACCACGUGA